AUGAACAAAGUGAUAGAGAGUAUGCUCGGAAAGUCGAUAGAACAAAGUUUUGAGGAAAUUCAAGUAGAGGAAGUAAGGGCUAAACGCCAAGCAGAGAUAGAUGCUCAGUUGAGAGAUAAAGGCAAGAAUGCUGAAGUUAUUUUUGAGGAAGAUGUAUCACUUGAAGAUAUUGCUGGGGAUGACGAUGAAGAAGAUGAUGAGGAGGUUAAUGAUGAAGAGGAUGACAUUGAAGAGGGUGAUGACGAAGAGGAUGAUGAUGAGGAAAAAGUGUUUUCUGCAAGUAGUCACAGUUCUGAUGAUGACAAUGAUGACGAUGAUAAUCAGGGUGAUACUGGAGUUACUGUGACUGAAGCUUCAGGAGAACAAAAUGUUGAUGAUUUAAUGAAUGAUGAUGCGAAUGAAGUUUCAGAGGGAGCUGAUGGAGAGGGGGAGCAUGUUGAUGAUCAAAAUGUUGAUCAAGCUGAAAAGUUGAUUCUUCGAAUAGAGCCUGAUGUAGAAGAGGGAGAGAUCAGGCAUACUUAUACAUUGGAUGAAGUUCUGAAAAUUUUCAAUGUGAAUGAAGAUGAGUUUAAGUUUGCUUUUGAGGAAGAGUUGAAUGCGUUCGAUAUCAAUCAUCAACCAGAGUAUGAAUACAAGUAUGUGGAAGACGCAGAUGUCUAUGACAGGGUUGAUGUUGAAGACUGUACUGAUGAAGACAUUCUGAAUGAAGACACUUCUGAAUUUCCAACUCUGAUGGAAUUUUUUAGUGAAGAAAACAGGGAAGACCUCAGGAGGAAAGUUGCUGAGAUUCUGAAAGACAAGAACUUCGAUGGUACUACAAAAGAUCCUCUGAAAGAAGAACGCAAGAAAUGGUUCAAGGAAAGUAAUGAAAGAAAAUUCAAGCGUCCAUUGAAGUAUUAUCAAAGGGAUAGAAGUAUUUCUUUGGGAGAUAUCAUUAGCUGGGGUUUUCUACCUCAAGUUAAUGCAUAUGCUAUCAGAAGGGAAUGUGGUGUUCAGUACUUUGAACGUUUACAUGAUGUUAUGUCCCUACCAUGGUGGGAUGUAGAUGAGUUAUCAAAAGUGAGAAAAUUGGGAUAUCCUGUGAGGAAGAAUGAUAUAGCUAUAUGGGGAUUGAUAAAGUUUGAAGCUCUGAAAAACUUCAAGCAUUGGAAGCCUCAUUAUCCAAAGAGAGUUAGAAGAGUUAAUCCUGAAACAGGAAAUGAAGAGAUUAUCUUAAAUGUGAAAAAUUCGAAAGCAAUGAAGAACAUUCCAGUGCCAAAGAUGGAACAGGAAUUCUACAAAGGCUUUAUGGGCUGGGUGUACAGUUGUAUCUCGACAGAGGCGAAAGGCAUAAAUUCUGAAAGUAAAUGGAAUUCAAAAUGGUGGUCGCUUGAAGAGAAAGAAAAGUUGAAGGCUGAACGAGAAAGAAAGAAACUUGAAGAGAAUAGAGGAAAGUGGAUGAAGUUGCAAACUGAAGAAGCUAAGAAAGCGAAGAAAGAAAAUGAAAGGCUGAGGAACUUGCUGAGGAAAAAGCCAAAGCAAAGAGAAGAAAGUUUUAAGUUGAUGUGA